GGUUGGUGUUGGUUUCAUCUUCAUCUUCAUUUCACGGGUAUUCACCCACUCGCUGAAAGUUAAAAAAGAAGAAGAAAAGAGCUGCAAGCAAGAUACGAAAGCUUCCGCAUCUUUAAUUGCGGAGGUUGGCCAGUAGACGAGUGUCGAGUUUUAGAGCCUCUCUCUCUCUCUGUGCGGUCGAGCCAAAUCCUCUGCUCCUGUUUAGGUCUGCGACGAAAGAAGCCCCGGAGUGGAGAAAGCUGCUGAAGGGGGAAAAGUAUGGUCUCCAGUGGGAGUAAAGACUCGAGCUCCUCUACGGCUGCCAAGGACGGAGGCGGAAGCGGCGGUAAGAUAAAGGGAGUUCCGACUCACGGCGGCCGUUACGUGCAGUAUAAUGUCCAUGGGAACUUGUUUGAAGUUUCCAGUAAGUACGUUCCUCCCAUUCGGCCCAUCGGCCGUGGCGCUUAUGGCAUUGUCUGUGCCGCGGUGAACUCCGAGACACAAGAGGAGGUUGCAAUAAAAAAGAUUGGGAAUGCGUUUGACAACAGAAUCGAUGCAAAAAGGACGUUGAGAGAGAUUAAGCUUCUACGCCAUAUGGACCAUGAUAAUGUAAUUGCUAUCAGGGACAUUAUCCGACCACCGAAGAAGGAAGCAUUCAAUGAUGUCUACAUAGUUUAUGAAUUGAUGGAUACUGACCUCCAUCAGAUUAUUCGUUCUGGACAAGCAUUGACUGAUGAUCACUGCCAGUACUUCUUGUAUCAACUGCUGCGAGGUUUGAGAUAUGUGCAUUCAGCCAAUGUCCUGCAUCGAGAUCUUAAGCCCAGCAAUUUGCUCCUGAAUGCAAAUUGUGACCUUAAAAUUGGAGAUUUUGGGCUGGCAAGAACAACUUCAGAGACAGAUUUUAUGACCGAGUAUGUCGUCACUCGUUGGUAUCGAGCACCAGAAUUGCUUCUUAAUUGUUCAGAGUACACUGCUGCAAUAGAUAUUUGGUCUGUUGGUUGCAUCCUUGGUGAAAUUAUGACACAGGAGCCCCUAUUUCCUGGAAAGGAUUAUGUUCAUCAACUGAGGCUUAUCACAGAGGGAACGAAUGGUGCAAGAUUCAUAUUCGGGCCUCUGCCAACAACCCAAGUUUGGGACGAGUUGUGUCUCGACAGCUUACGGGUCCCAUGGCGAGAGCUUGCAUCAUUUGUACUAAUAGAAAUGAAGAACAUUAGUUAUCCUUAAUUGUUUCAGAUGUUAUCAAAGAACCUAUUUUGCGGACCAAGUCUUAAUCAUUGACAAGCCUCCCUUGAUAUGUUGGAAUCAUCAUCCUUAUGAAGUUAAGGAACAUGAUUGAUCCAUCAUUGAGUUCUUGUUUGCGACUUCUUACAUAUGUUUUUUUUUUAUCUCUUUAAAAAAGCUAAUAGGUUCGCCAGAUGAUGCUAGCCUUGGUUUCCUUAGAAGUGACAAUGCAAGAAGAUAUGUUAGACAGCUUCCACAGUUCAGAAAACAGAACUUCUCCAUGAGGUUUCCCACUAUGUCUUCUGGUGCCGUCGAUCUGCUAGAAAAGAUGCUUGUAUUUGAUCCCAACAAACGCAUUACAGUUGAUGAUGCACUUUGCCACCCGUACUUGUCACCCCUCCAUGAUAUCAACGAUGAACCAAUCUGCACUGCACCAUUCCACUUCGAUUUUGAGCACCCUUCAUGCACCGAAGAGCAUAUUAAGGAGCUCAUAUGGAGGGAGUCAGUGAAGUUCAAUCCGGAUACCCAACACUAGAAGAAGAAGAAGAAGAAUGUGCUGUUGAAGAGGUGAAAUGUUGAGAAACGAGAAAAGACCUCCCCGGAAAUAUAUCGGCCUGAUAUGAUCAUCACAUCCUGAGCUUUGCAACUCUGGAAAAGUGGACAUCAUCAUUAGAUGUAGAAUUGCCACAAUAUUCAAGAAGCUCAAUAGGGCUAUAGCAGAAUUAGCUGUUUGAGAGACAAGUUUGCUCAAGUAAACCAACAUUAAGAAACAUGACAUGAUAUUGUAAAAAAGUUUGUGCAGAUCCUUUUCAUGUGUACAAGUUUGGAACACAGUUCCAAGUACGUGAGCUAACAGCAAUGAUAGUUGCUUAUAGCGAAAUAAUCCACGAGUCUAAUACCUAAAGCUUAUAUACUAUCCGAAUAAAGUUGUCAUGUGAUAUUAAUUUGGAAUUUUUUAGAUUGUUUGAUUUGAACAGGUGACAGUCUUGUACACGUUCCUGAUCAGGUUUAGAGAAGAAAAUUUGUGGAUC